GGGGGCGGUGGUGAGGACAGUACGUACCGGACGGAUGUGGCCAAUAUUCCAGCAGUAAUGAAUUAGUCAGUUAAGACAUACUCUGUUUUUGUGUUGUGUAGUACUGUUACAUAAUAACAUGUGUUGUUUAUUCGCUGGCGCAGCUGAGUUGGGUCCAUAUUAAGUUAUUAAUGCGAUGUUAAAGUGAUGGAUCCGUUCUAUUUUUACGAGGAUAGUAGGCUUAGAAGAGACUGUGUAAAAUAGAGUAAAUGUCAAAGACAUUUCAUCAUGCCAUUCGUCAGAAGUGUACGUGCUUUUUUUCAUAACGAGAUAAAUAUAGGUAGUACAAUUUUUCCUCAGGAAUUUAAACUCAAGAUGAUAUAAGGUCAGAAACAUGGGCUCUGUGCCCUACGUAUUAUCCAGUUUAGAAGAUGUGUCAUCGCUGUACGCUCCUCUCAGAUCCACACAGAGAAUCAAGUACACCUGCUUCACUGUCUCAAAAAGUUUUCUAAUAUUUGGUGCCACAAGUGGAGGCCUCUAUGUGUUUCGCAGAGAAUCGUGUGUCUUUCUACAGUUGAUUCCUAACAAGGAGGGGCCUAUUCAGCAUGUGACAGUUUCUCCUGAUGAGCAGCUGUUUGCAUUUGCCACUGUUAAGGGAGCAGUGUGUAUGCUUGAGCGGAACCAUGUAGCUGGAUCACGUCAUUUGCACAAGUCAUCUGAACAUGUUGGUACUGAAGUUACUGCCUUGUGUUGGGGUGCUCAAAAUGAGCUGUACAUUGGAGAUGCCUUGGGGCGAGUGUCAGUACUCAGUGCACCUGUGCUGGGGAAGAAUGUUUUUAGCACACCAUCAUUCCAGCUUAUGCAGCUUGAUUCACGUGUGGUACAAAUGGAUGGACAGGAUGGACUUCUAUUGGUGUCAACACUCACACGAUCAUUUAUCUGUGAUACAAUUAGAGAACAAUAUAGGCAGAUAGGACAGAAGCUUCGGGAAGGGGAAUUUGGAGGCUGCUUUGCAAAGCAUGUCGAAGAUAGACAACCACAUAUGUUUUGCGCUCGACCUGGAUCACGUAUUUGGGAAGCUGCAUCAGAUGGAACUGUUCUGAGCACACAUCAGUUCAAACUUGCUCUUGCUGUACCUCCAGAACCAGUUAUAAGUUAUUCUAGUCAGAAUUUGCCAGUCAGUUUAGAAGGUUCCAGUGUCUGUUGGAAUCAGCAGUCAUUUAAUUUUGCUAAGCUGCUCACUUUAUCUGAUAGUUUUCUCUUUACUUUCAAAAGUGAUGGACUUUACAUUUUUGAUCCGUAUACCGCCAGGGUGAUUCUGUGGAAUAACAGCUUUACUGAUAUUGUGGAUGCUGUCACAGUAGACAAUAGCAUUUACGUCUGGACAGCCACAGGGAAAAUGCAUGUACUUACACUUCAUCCAUUGGAGAAAUUCUUGUUACUACUGUACUUUCGUAAACAGUAUACAUUAUGUGGUCUAAUGUGUAAACUUCAUGAGAAAUGGUUAUUGGAAGCAAUAAACUCGUCUCCAAAACUGUGUGUGUUAGCAGAUCUUACAGAAAAGUUGGAACUUGAUCAAGAUUUAGUCCUGUCACUAUCACCACUUCUCAAAGAAUUGUCAAAACAUGCUGAACAGAAACAGAUAGCUCAGCGUCUUGAUUCAGGAAUUUUCAUUGUCGGUAAUGAUUACUUUCUGUGCAAUGAGAAGAACACUGUUUCCGAUGUCCCUAAUGUAAGAAGAACAGAACAUCUCAAAGAUAAAUCAAGAUCACUAAGUCUUUCCCCUGAAAGAAACAGUUCACACAAAUUAGAAACAGUUAAUGAACUUGAAAACAGCAAAAGAUGUGUCAGUCACAGUUCUCUGCCAGAUGUGACAAAUAGUUUGAUUGAUCAGCAACGUCCUUUUGUUGAUAACAACAUGAAUAAAUGGAUAACAGAAGAAAGUUGUGGAAAUUAUAUGGACCUUGAUAGCAAAUGUAGUGAUGAUUUUCAAACAUCUGCUGUACCAUCCCAGGAAGCAGUUCAAGCACUGAGAGAAAUAGGACAAUCAGUUACAUGGACAAUUACCAACAGUACAAAGUCUCUGAAGCAGAAGUGGCAGUUUCUGGAAGACAAGGUCAAGAAUUUCGCUCAGGAAAACUCUUCUCAGCCAUCUGAAGCUUUGUCUGAUUGUCAGUUAACUGAAGAUAAUUCUCUUGUUAAUUCAGAAAGAGCAUACGAAAAACAAAGUGUCUUAGAGUAUCCAAAUUUGAAUUUAUCUGAUUUGAUUAACAUCUGUGAUGAAUAUCAUAGAAUUGAUAUUGCUGAUACGGAAUCACUAAGAAUGAAUUUUUGUAGUAGUGUCAUAGCAAUUUCUUGUAAAUAUAACCAUUAUAUAAACAGAAGGAAUACUAAACUAGAUUGUAGCAAAGGUGACAAUUCACAUUUUAAAGAUGAAAGUGAACAUUUGGAUGAAAGUGUUUAUUCUUUGGUAGUGGGAACAGCCUUUCCAUUUCACCACUACUUUCCUCCAGAGAGACUUGAAACUAUGAAACUCUUAGUUCAUGAUGUUUUGAAGCAUAAAUCUCUAGUCAAACACUUAAAAGAGUUCUUAUAUGAUAUAGAACUGCCAGAAAGCUCUCUAAAAGACUACUUUACUGUUAUUUCAGAAGAUAGUUUAAAAUUAGAUAUUGCUAUUGGUAGAUUUUUGUCAUUGUGUUCAGAAAUAAUUGAGCCUGAGACUGUUCUUGAUGAUUUAAGGAAACUGGAAGUGCCUUGUUACUUUACCUCUCUUUCUGUGUUACUAAAUAUAGUCCAGAUAGGUGCAUCAAAUUUUCUUGGUUCUAGAAGUAUAGAGAAGAGCGACAGUAGCAAUGGUUGGUCAGAAUUGCUGCUACUUAAUGCUCUGUUCAUUACAAUGCAGAUGGGUCAGACCGAAAUGUACAAUUCAGUUCGAAAGGAAAUGUAUGUAAAGGAUAUUUGUUAUUUAGCCAUAAAGUUGGAGCAAUAUAUGGUGAAACAUGGUGAAAGUGAACAAUCUGCAAAACGUCACUGCCAUUUUCUCUUCCUCUCUUGUGUUGUUAAAUUGCCUAACUUCAGAAACACUGUACUGGAUUCGGUACAUGACAGCUUCCUUGCAAAUUUCAUCACUGCAGCUUUAGAAUCAGUUAACCAGGAUUGUGGAAAGACAUGCAAGUGUGGAUAUCCUCUGGAAACACCGAGUAGUGAGAAAGUUAAAUUUAUUGAAAUAGGUACAAUUGUUUUAGAUUACUUUCAGAGGACUGAUCAUGAGCGAGCAUUACUUCUAUGCAAACAGAUUCCUCAUUUUUGGUAUCAUAUGUUACAUAAGAAGUGUGAUAGGUCAGAUACAGACUUAAAAUUGAUUGUGCAGUUGGGCAGUAUACAAGAUUUAGAAGAAUAUCUAUCUGAAGCAGAUGUAAGUUUCUGGAAUCAUGUUUUAUCUCUGGUGUUUACUUUUCGCUCUGGUACUUGCCUGGGCUGUAGCUACCCGUUUACGGUAGAGAAGGAUUUCCGUGGAUCACUGUCUCUCUCUUUGUUGGGUGCUUUGAUUGUCAAAACCCUGGGCCCUCAUGGAGCAACCUCUCUCUUCAGGAAGCAUAGUCCACAGAUUCAGCCUGGCGAACUUGAUGCAAAGUUUUUCCAGUCCUGCAUCUUUGCAGCCAUGGUAAAUGUAAAAAAGGAUGGUCUACAAAGUGCUGUUGUUGAUAGAGUACAAGGGCUGUCCGGACAUUCAUCUAAAGUCGCCACUUUCUCAUCAAAGGCAGCAGACAGGAUCAACAAAGCUCUUCGUGAAGAUGGAUUUGUUUUGAAACAGACAGGAUAUAACAACAUCACAGAAAGAGCAAAUAAUCAUCACUGGGGAGCACGACUUGACCUCUCUCGUGAUACAUGUGCUCUAUGCUGCUUGCCCUUAGGAUCACAAGUUUUGCUGAGAGAAGGGCAGGGCCUUACUGCAUAUCCAUGUGGACAUGUGUACCAUACAGUUUGCCUCCGGAAGAAGUAUGCUACCUGCCCUCUUUGUUGUUAAUCUAUGUUGAUUGCUAAUGAACAAAAUGUCAUAUUUCGAGACUCUCUUUUUGAUACAUACAAAAAUUAAUAACACAAGUAAUUUCAUUAUUAUAGUUACUGUGCAACUUGUUUCCUUCAUGUUUGCAUUCCUUACUGACAUAUGCUGAAAAUUAUUUUUUCACGAUAGCAGCAAAUGUCUGUCCCUUGUUAAACAGUCAGCACCAUGAUGGUCAACUCAUAAACAUUUAAUUUUUUUGAUGUAUUAUCGUUUUGCUGACGUUCAGAAUUGUCACAAGACAAGAAAUAUUAAAUAUUUUUGGCUACAGUGCUUUCUACAGAUGUUGCAUUUCAUGACCUUCCACUCCAAAACAAUACAUAUGUACUACAUUUCAAGUAAAUGACAGUUUCUAGAAAUCACUUCUCAUCUGCUGGGGUAAAGUGUUCUGCUGUGAAAUUGGUUACAGUAUAGAUUGGCAUCAGCAGUAAUUGUGUGAUUGAUGGGUGAGGAUCUCAUUGCUGGCUUUUGCCACUCCUACAUCUUGUGGACAAUCAUGCUUCUCAUAAUCUGUGUUGAGACUAUAAUAGAAUUUACAGAGCAAUGCAUGUGGACUUUUCCAUUUUAGGACCAUAAUAUUGUUGAUGCAAAGCAAAUAACAAAUGGCUACUGUGGAAUAAUGAUAAGUGACUGAAAGGGUGCUAACAUUAAUGGUCAGAAAAGUAACUGAUUCUGGAAAACUGCCAGUCAGGCAGGAAUUCUUUCGUGGUUAACACUAUCAUUUGGCCAUUUAUUUCUCUCAGGAUUGUUCUGUUGUAAUCAGAUUAAAAACCUUAGAUUUAGUGAGAGAUAUCAAAUACAAUAGGCACUUAAAUUUUUAUUUUGAUGGUGACAGAUGAAGAGCACAGGAAAGGAAUGUGCUUUCUCCAUAUUAUCAAACUGUUCAGGAGAGAAAUUUGAAAGUUUGAAACUGAAUUUCAUGGAUAUAAUGAACAAAAUUAAUCAAUACAAAAGUCAUUUGGAAGGACACAUUAUAUGCAUUAAAUUAAAUAUAAACUGAUUCCUUAGAUAUUUAAAUUGUAAUUUUAUUGGCAUAAUGUUUAAAGUGAUCUCAUGUGUAACAAAGGAAAAAUGUGCUACUUGUAUACCGCAGAAUAGAAUAUAAUCAAGAAAACCUAUAUUUUUUGUUAGAAAUUGUGUUUGAUUAUUUUGUAAUGAAAAACAAUGUUUGAAACAAUGAAGAUACUAAAAUGAAACUUCCUGGCUGAUUAAAACAUUUUAGAGCACUUGCCCGUGAAAGGCAAAGGUCCUGAGUUAGAGUCUGAGUCUGGAACACUGUUUUAAUCUCCCAGGAAGUUUCAAAUCACUGUGCCCUCUGCUCCAGAGUGAAAAUUUCAUUCUGGAAUAAAGACACUUCUUGGUAAGCAAUUUCUCUUCGCUAUUUUAACUUCGUGUGGCAAAGUGGUAAUUAGAGUUAAACAUAAUAUCACCUUGUCCCAACAUACACUUCUCAGCCUAGUGUAAAAUGUUUAUGUAAAACACUCUUGGUUCUCUUCUGCAAUACUCCUUCAAAACCUGGAGGUCUGUGAUACUUUUCUUUUAAUGUUGCCAGAGGACCUAUAGAUACAUUUUAUUAUUAUUGUUGUUGGCAUUAUACAAAAUUAUACUGAAAUAAAUUUUUAUAUUUUUACAUUUUACCCCUGUAAGCAGGAGAUGGGUAUUCAAGCGAUUGCUACUUUUGAAGUCACUGUGAAGCUCUCACCACCUAUAAAAUCUAAGCUUCAUUAUCAGUUUCUUGAUGUUGAAUGACGCACAGAUAUUUCUUACGAUGACUAUCACUCUAACCAGUCUUGUUAGGAAAGGACAUUUCCUCAAAUAUUUAUUCUUCAGAAAUGACCCACAAUUUUGUAUCAUAUCUUAAUUGACCAGCACAACAUUAAAAAGCUUAGUUUUACAUCAAGCUUUAACCAUUAUCUGCACACUAUCCACUGUAACUCCUGCUAAUGCUUGUCACGUUAAUCAGUCCCAUAUUCUUAUCACACUCCAAAAAUAGUGUCUUGUAGUAGGGGAAGCUACUUCCAUUGUUUCCAAAAGUUUCAGUUCACUCACACAAUAAUUAAGAUACUUUGGUACAAUGUAAUUGUUUUUCUGGGAUGAAGAUGAAUCACAAAGACUUCAAGACAUUUGACUUUCUUGUCCAAUAAUUUUGUCACAAAGUGACUUAGAUUGGAAACAACUUCAUUGGCCCCUUUCCUUUCAAUAUCUUCAAUGUAAUUGUAGAAAACUGAAGUUGCACUUGAAAGCUGAGAACAUUGAAACUGCCUUGUGUAAUAGACGUCGUCAGUACUUAUGUUUGGUAAGCGUACAUUUCUUUGUUUGUCCAUGCAGGUUGCUUCUGUUUCAUUAGACUGUUGGCCUCUUAAAUGAAUGUCUUUUUCUGGAAUAAAAUGUUUCACCUUUGAAUUUGUGUACUUUCUGAUCAAUAGUGAUCUUAUUUAUUUAUUUCAGUACUUGUGUUUUCAUGUCGUCUUUUAAAUUUUCAGGUAACACUGCAUUCAUCACAGUUUCAACUCAGCAGUGUACUUAUCUCAGGUUGAGCAUGCAUCAUGCCUUGUAUACCCAAAAGCUAUAUUGAAUUUGCUCUUAAAUACUGUUCUAUGCAUUUCAUAUGACACAUGAAAAUUUGGGUAGUUUUCCUGGAACAUUUAAUGCAGUUUUUUUUCACCAAAAGUUCCUCUGGGAGAUACAACCUCUUGGUCUUGUCAUUGUUGUAAUGACAUGAUCUAUCCUUAAAUGAAUGAAUGUGAUCAUUAACUGCCAUUCCUACUUCUUCCUCAAUUUUCUAUAGCCUAUUGCCACGCAUAUUCCUUUCAGCAUGAGCAGUCUUGCCCAGCUUCAAAAAUUACGACCCUUUAUUAAUCAUUGCCUUGGUACUCCAUGUACUUCCUCAUAAAGGCUUUUCUGCAUAUAGGAAUUUCAUGUACAAUGUCGUCACCUUUCACUCUAGUGUGUAGUAUGCUCAAAGUUGAGCUUCAUCUUCAUUCUCCCUUGAUAGCACUCUUGAAGUGAAAGUAUUGUAAUGAGACCUAUCAGAUACAAUGAGUUCAUUCCAGUGUCCCAUAUCACUAAAUUUUUAUAUAAUAUUUUAUCUUUCUCCAGCCCUUACUACCACAAAACACUUUAACACACAGUUACAGCCUCUUCCUAGUUCGUGUGGCUCAACUCUUAAUUUCUUCAUGACUGUACUCAUUUGCUCUCAUCUAUGGGUUUUCCUAACACUGUGGGAGUCUGAAGGACUCUUGUCUUUCAUCCUCAGAUGAAGUACACAUCAUUCAAUAUAAAUAAUUAACUAUUCACACUGAAAUGAGUCACUUACUACACCUGCAUUACUGAACAGAAUGUCUCAGACUAAAGCAAUGGUUUUCAGUAGCGUUCUUUCCCUGCAUCCCUAAUGUAGAGUUAUAGAAUGUGGACUGUUUAUAUUAUCACACUGGUUGAUUACAAAUAUUAAACAACACGGAAGCCUACAUCUGAUGGUAUACGUAACAUACUUUUGGAAAAAAGUGGACAAAGCAUGUUCUUUCCCUGUGCUCUUCAAAUGGAAAAAAAAGGUUAAACAAUGGAAAAUCCAGGAUGUAGUAACACUAUUAUGAAAAGGAUAGUUUUCUACUCACCAUACAGAGGAGAUGUUGAGCUGUAGACAGACACAACAAAAAGACACUGUAUGUUUGACCUUUUGGCCAGAAGGCUGUGUUCUGAUGUAGAAAACCCAAACACAUUCAGCCAAGUACAACAACUGUCUCUCACCACUGAAGCCAGACUCACUGGCCACACAUGGUUUUUAUUUAUGGGAGUUGUGUUUCCAUGAAUGGGUGUUUGUUUUCUACAUUAGAAGAACCAUUUUUGCAUAAAGCUCACAUGUAUAGCAGUCUUCUUUUGUCUGUCUGUGCACUCAACAUUUUCUCUAUAUGGAGAAAAAGAUUACUAAUUUUUGCUAGGCAUAAUGCAUUUUAUUUGUGAAAUGUCUGAGAAAUUUGACACCCCCCACGGAAAUUUGACACCCCCACCCUCCCCAAAGGAAGUAAUACCUGACAUGUCCUAUUGUGAUAUCUUCAUUCAACAUUGUGCUCAUACUUAAUUAAAAUUUAUAAUAUGUUGCAGACAAAAGAUAUGGAAACCAUUUUAAUGAACUUUAAUAAUUAAUUCAUUCAUUCACACAUUGUACUCCAUAAAUCACAUCGUGGAGAGCCUUAAACGGUGUGAAGUAAUGAAAAAUGCUGAAUUAAGAUUCUUUUGCUGUAUUUGUGUGACACAUUCUUUUGUAAUUUGAGACAUGGACUACAGACAAAUAUCUCUCAUUAUUACUCUGUGUCUCCUUAAAGUGAUUGUGUUUCGCUAUGACCUGUGCUACUUUUUGAAAAUGAAUUAGUUAUUUGAUGUGCAGAUAAAAGUUGCAUAAAUGAAACCUUCCUAGGAUUUCUUAUAGAAAUGCAUGGAAACUAGAGAAGACAACUCUUUUGUGUUACUAGAAAACAAAAAUGUAACAGUUUGCACAAGCAAAGAGAUGAAGUAAAUAUGUGAGCUUUUCAAGUAAGUGGCUUCUGCUCUUGUGACCAUUUGGGAGUGGCCAAAGGAACAUAAUGUAAAUCAGCUCAUAGACCUUAAUUAUAAAAACAAAAUGUUACCAAAACUGAAACCAAUUAAAUAUAUAGUUUUUCCAUUGCAUGUUCCACUUUCAACUUGUACAAACAUUAUCAUUUUCAUUUUUGUGGCCUUGUGUAUUCUUUCCUUUAAAAUUAGUGACAAGUACAAGAACCAGAUAAUUCUGUGAUAAUUUGUUUAGGAUGCUAAAAAUGUGAAAGUUUAUUGAAAAAGUGUGCCAUUAUCAGAGUUAUUUAGUUCUGUAGCACAUUGUUGAUCGCCAGUCGAGACUUCUCAUUUGUUUGACAGUGUGUUUCCCACAUUAUUAAUUUCACUGUGACACACUUUAACUAUUGGAUAAGCUGUUUUAGGAAACAUAUACGGAAGAAUCCUCACUUGACUCAACAUAAAACAGAUUUAAAAACAGCAGUGCACGAAACUAUAUGCUGAAGCUUGAGUCUUGCUAAUCAAAGUUUCAUUUCAUAAGAAUCAAAGGUUUCAGAGAGAAAGUGAAAGACAAGACAAUUACUGAAAAACAAGAAGUUUGUUCAUAUUUGUGGUGUCAUCUUUUGCCGUUUGUGUAUUUUUUUAAAGAAAUGUUCUUUCUUGUUGAAAAAUGGACUGUUAAUAUUAGUGUGUGUGUCAAAUGGUGCUCUCUUUUAAUGUUGUUUCGUGUGUUUUUGUUAUCUUAACAAAUUGACUUCUAAAUAUAAUUUAAUGCUAGGUAUUGCUUAAUUGUUUACACUAAUUGUUUCAGUACAAAGGAAAGUAUUCAUGAAAAUUUGAAGAUAACUUGAUAGUAACAGAUUAGUACAGUGCUUAAAAUAUGUCAGAUUGUUAGCUGUUCUGCAAUGACAGUUUCAGAUUACAUUAGCUUAAUAUACAUUAUUCUGUAUAUAAUGAAGAGAUUUUAUAUACAGCUUCUUAAUUAUUUAACAACAGUGACAUAUGAAAACUGGUUAUAACUUUCAGUUCAUUGUACACUAUUUUGCAUUGUUGCAAAAACUUAACUUGUGGAACUGUGUUACUUGCCUCAAAUAUUUAGAAAGAAAUUGCGUGCCAUCACUAAGCAUCUACUACUAUUGCCAUCUACAAUUUUGUGUAAUGUGUUUCAUAUGAUAUGAUAGAAAUUCUGAGUCUUAUAGUGAAGUCAGAAAGAGUUAAUACUCCAGUCUGUGCUGUAGAAGUAAUCAAAAUGAGCAGAUGCUGUUAUACUAAUACUGUACUGUUGAGUCAUUUGUAUCGUAGCGGAAGAUUAAGAGUCUUGGUAGCAGUAGUUGCACAACUCUAUGAAUGAAUGGGAUUGUGCGGAGUUUCAUGAAAACUAUAUGUCAGAAAAGUUGUGUGAAUCUCAAAACGUUAUGCAGGAGAGAGUGAAUUACAAAAAUUGUUGAUGGUUCUCAAAUGUUAUUGAUGCAUAAAUGUGGUGAGACUUAACCUAGCUAGGUAUAUUUUUCAGAAAAAAAGUGUGUCCUUUUAUAAAUCUUGCAAGUUUGUGCGUGAUAUUGCCCUUUACAUAAUUUUUUGUAUGUGUUACUCCAGUGUUACAAGAGAGAUCAUUUUGUAGAAAAAAUAUGAUACAAACACAACUGACAUUAUAAAGAAAUCUUUAUUUUAUGUA